AUGAAUUCUACCACUAACCUUCACAUCGAAGCCGAAGGAGCAGACACAUAUCUUGUGGCCUAUUGCAUGGAUGGUCACCAGCAUUGGAACCCAAGCAGGCUACGAUUGGAUAGCUGCCUUGGAGAUAAUGGGGGGCAUUUUCAAUGGGGUGGACAUGAGUUCACUGAGCGUGCCAGAAACAUCAGUUUCAAUCCCGAAGAAGGUGCUAGCAAUGUCCCCGUCCUGCGAGCUGAACUACAGAAUGAUGCAGGCGGAUUCAUGCCAGGGGAUGUAAAUUUGGCUGAAAGAAUCAAUAAUCGUGAUGGCUACCUGCAGUUUUAUUGGUGA